CUUUGUGUCUACUCAUAAUUAUAUGCGCAUGUCUUUAAUAUAUAGUACAUACAUAUAGUUUGUCUAGAAGACAGUCCAUAAACCAUUUGACCAAUAAAAUAAACAUUGGCAAUUUAAUAAUUGUAUUAAAAAGAAUGAAAUCAUUAGAAAACACAUUUGUUCGUGGGCCAUCACCCUCAUAUUCAGACGAGGUCAACUCGGAGAACGUUAUAUCAGCUACACUACCCAUUGGUUCUUUGCACCAAAUGGAAAGGGAGACAGUAAAAGCACGAAACAAUCAUGACUUUUACAAUUGUCAUAGUCAACAGCAGCAGCAUCCAUUGCAUCAUUACGAUGAUGCCACUAAGCCUAUUAAACAAGGACGCAAUACUUUUGCAUUUUGGACUAUUGUCAUCAUACUUUUAGUACUGACGGUGGGUAAUUUGCUGUUGACUUUAACGAUUAUAGGAGUUUUGCACUUGGGCAAAGGAAUUCAUGGCAUGGAAUUGAUACCCGAAGAGGAUGUAGUGAAGUUCUAUGGAGACACCGAUCUAGAUCGUAUAUUCUCUAAAAACAUUGGACAAUUUGAGGGUUUCGCCGAUGAACCAGUAACAAUAACGGGUGAGGAUGCGCCUGUCUAUGUACGCAUGCAUCAUCGCAACAGUCAGAGCGUCAAUCGUAUGGUCAUGGAUAAGAUGGGUGUUCAGUUUCGUGGAAUUAAUAGUUUCGAGGUUAAAGAUCCCAUCAAUGGUGAUUCCAUAUUUACCACACAUCGUCCGCAUUACAAUAUACCACAUGGUGCCGAGACAUUAAUAUCCAAAACUAAUAGCGCCAGUCGUAUUGUUAGUCCUAUCGAUAAACCACUAUCUUUAUCAUCUUCGGAUAAUCGCAUAUUUAUAAAAGGAUCCGAGGGCAUUCACAUGGAUUCAUCAAAUGUCUAUAUGCAAUCUGAAAAUAAUAUUCAAAUCAAUUCGACUCAAGGCGGUAUUUAUCUUGAGGGAGGUUCGGCCGGAAUUUUUCUGGACAUUAGUAAAAUUCCUAUAGUUAAUUCAGAAUUGGGUCUACGCACAGGAAGUGUACAAUACAAAUUGUGCGUUUGUAUGCCACAAGGUAUUGUCUUUCGGAUCGCCAUACCACGUGUUCAUAAUGGUUCUAAGGUGUCUUGUGCUCAUUUCAGUGGAAAACAUGAUCCAUGUACUGUGAACUGAAUUUUCAUAUCAUAGAGAUUAAAAAUAUAAGAUAUAUAUACUAAUAAUAAUUAUAAAUAUAUUACCGUUUACUCCCAUUUUAUGUACUUAGAACACAUAUUUAAAUUUAAAUAAAAAUAUUAAAAAA